CCAGGGUGACGCCAGUCACCCCGCCCCGUUCAACUCAGUCCACCGCGUUCAUUUCAUUCCUGCUCCCAUUCCGCGCAUAUUUCGCAUCCUUGGAGAGAGCGGGGCAUUUUACGCACUAAGCGCGCCCUGUCCUCAAUCAAACCAAAGCCGAGUGGACACUCUCCAGUUGCCGGAAGACUUCCACAUGUCGCGAGGGCUCAUGCGGGCGCCAAAGUGUGGGAAUUAAGCGAGAAAGAAGCGAAUGAAUCGAGGGUUCCUGACAACUGCCUUGGGAUUUCUGUCCAACUUUUCACUUUUCUACGUUUUACCAACCAUUUGUUUGUAAUAUUUAGCAUUUUUGGACUACCAGAAAACAAAGUUUUAGUUGUGUGCUGCCUUGUGUGCUGACCACACAACGUCAACUUUUAGCUGCAAGUAUGGAGCGCAGCAGCUGGAGCGGUAGUGAGAGUCCUGGGGAGGACAUGGACAGAUUGAGUGACUCUGGAGGAGACAAGACCAUGGAAGGGGACCCAGAAGGGGUGUGGAGUCCUGACAUUGAGCAGAGCUUUCAAGAAGCCCUCGCCAUCUACCCACCCUGUGGAAGAAGGAAGAUUAUACUGUCCGACGAAGGAAAGAUGUACGGUCGAAAUGAGUUGAUAGCCAGAUACAUCAAACUCCGCACAGGAAAAACACGGACAAGAAAACAGGUAUCCAGUCAUAUCCAGGUCUUAGCCAGAAGAAAAUCAAGGGAGUUUCAGUCCAAGAUAAAGGAUCAUAAUGCCAAGGAGAAAGCUCUGCAGAGCAUUUCGUCCAUGUCCUCUUCUCAGAUUGUCUCAGCCACUGCAAUACACAGCAAACUGCUGCCUGGAAUAGUGCGGGCCAACUUUCCUGGUAACACACAGCUGUGGCAGGGGAUGAUCCCUGGAGGACAGUCCAGCUCCGCCUCAGAAGACAUCAAGCCAUUCUCGCAGCAAGCCUACUCAGUGCAGACAGCAGGGACCACCACAAUCACAGGCUAUGAGCGUCCUCCAGCCGCCCAGUCACACAGAGAGCCAGCAUGGCAGGGCCGCUCUAUCGGCACCACUAAACUACGACUGGUGGAGUUCUCAUCCUUCCUGGAAACACAAAGGGACCAAGAAGCAUACAACAAGCACCUGUUUGUGCACAUCAGUCAGAGCAGUCCGAGCUACAGCGACCCACUGCUGGAGUGUGUGGACAUUAGGCAGAUCUACGACAAGUUCCCAGAGAAGAAGGGUGGCCUGAAAGAGCUCUUUGGAAAGGGCCCUCAAAACGCUUUCUAUCUCAUCAAGUUCUGGGCGGACCUAAAUUACAACAUACAAGAAGACCCGGCUGCUUUCUACGGUGUCACCAGUCAGUAUGAGAGCUCAGAGAACAUGACCAUCACCUGCUCCACCAAGGUGUGCUCCUUUGGCAAGCAGGUCGUUGAGAAGGUGGAGACGGAGUAUGCCCGGUUUGAAAAUGGACGUUUUGUGUACAGAAUCAGUCGCUCUCCGAUGUGUGAAUACAUGAUCAACUUCAUCCACAAGCUGAAGCACCUGCCAGAGAAAUACAUGAUGAACAGCGUCUUAGAGAACUUCACUAUUCUGCUGGUGGUGAGCAACAGAGACACUCAGGAGACCUUGCUGUGCAUGGCCUGUGUGUUUGAGGUGUCAAACAACGAGCACGGAGCCCAGCACCACAUCUAUCGUCUUAUCAAGGAAUAAUACACACACAAAAUGAUGGCCUUUUUGAAAUGUCUGAAAACGUAUUCCAUAAAAGUGUCUUUCAACCAAACAACGUUGGGAAGAAAACAGGCUGCACGGUCACAACACGGUCUAACUCUUACCAGAUAUAUCUAACAGAAGAGCUCCAAAACGCCACAAGAAAAAAAGAGCAGAUGCUGAUUAUCUACUCAAAAACCCAUCAGAUCACUUUGUGAGGGUUUACAAAUAUCCACCAGGUGAUGUCACAUCUCAUUCAGUGGUUUCUUAUUUGCAGCUCUGAUGUUGGAAAUAUGAGUGGUAAUUUGUGUUGCGUGGCUUUGUGAAAUCAAAAGUCAAAAUAAUAUUCACCCGGUGAGACUGUGCGUGCGUGUGUGUGUGUGUGUGUGUGUGUGUGUGUGUGUUAUUGUUCACAUAAAGAUGGACACUAAAGGUCAGACCCUGUGUAUCAUCAAUAACCAGAGAAACACUGGAUAAAAAACUACUAGUACAAUACAGCGGUGGUCUUGUACAGAUAGCAGUGGUUAAAUUGUGUGAGUGGUAAUCUUGCGCAUAAAAAAGGUUUGUCCCAAAGAAAAUAAUCUUUUUUAUUUAACCUUUUUGUACAAUUCUUGAAGAAAAAAAAAAGAAUAGUCUCUACAUUUUGGAAAAUUACUAUUAAUAGCAUAUAUUCUCUAUUUUAAUUCCAGGAACACAAUCUAAAAAUGUAUGUUAAUAAGAAGUUAUACGCAAAACUAAAAUCUUUCAGGUACAUUUAUGUGCACCAAUGUCCAUUCCAUGUGAAAUAUGAAACUAUGUUGUUAAAAAAUCUGUCGGAACGCACUGCAAAUUGUAUAAACGGAACCAUAACACAGUCGCUCGUAGUGCAAAAGAGGUGAGAACGUUGAGAAAUGAUGUUGGACUUCAGUUGACUUACACCUGCUAACUUGACAGUCUGUGUUUUGUCUUUCCUUCUUAUUGACCGGAGCACAUUGAAAUGGUUAAAGGCAGUACCUUCUUUCCUCUUAGGUUGCCCAUUAUCAAUGAAGAAAAACCAAAAAACGGUGUGCACUGUAGCAGGUGGUGUUGUGCUGGUUUGUCCAUGUCAUGUUUGGCAGCAUGAAGUGCCUUUGUCAGGAAACAAGUGUCUUCUCCCGACCUGUCCAGCUCAUGAUCUUAUUUUGUCACUGUUUGAACAUGACUUGAGAACCAGGAACUUCUAAUUGCACAUGCUCCAAUACUGGACUGAUGAUUAACGUUCAAUGUCUUGUUGUAAUUUGUUGUAUCUUUUUUUUUGUUGUUGUUGUUCCCACAGAAUGUAAAUGAAAUGUUGAGUCAUUUGGCAUGUGCUUGAGUCUGUGUACUACAUGUAUGUUGGAGUGAACAUGUUGAGACUAACCUCAUUCAAAACAAUGCAUUGUUUGGGCAUCAUAGUUGUGACUAGUGUGUUUAUCCAGCAAAUGAGUCCUAACAUUAACCAGUAACUUGGGAGUCUUUACGGAUAUAAUACUGUAACAUCUCUCCAUUCUUACAUGAUAAACAAAGGGAUCUCAUCCUUAUUGAAGGUGAAAAAACAUGUUUUAAUACAUUCAUCCUUGGCCCACCUCUACUCACAGUGUCAUGGAAAAUAGUAAGAGUUUUCGUAUAAUCCAGCUAACAGACAAACAGUGAUGGAGGUAAUGAGGCCUCCUGUUUUGUGCUGAGUGAAGGGGCAUUUAUUCCUGAUGAGAUAUGGAGCCCGGUACCCUAAAGACUUACAAAAGAGUCGGCUCACUGUUCAUUCAGGUCGGGCGCUAUGAUCUCAUCACUGUUCCUUUUGUGCUUGAUUUAAAGAAGGUAUCUUAGUGGGCACUCUCAGGUUAUCCUGUCAUUUCUGAAAAUCAAUCACUGAGACGAUGUCCUCACCACAAAGUAAAAGUCACAUUUGAUGUAUUUCAGAAGGUUUUGGUCCUCUGCUGGGUUUGUGAAUCACUGUUGUGUGUUGCCAGUGUUGUCUCGUAUGUGCUAAUUGGACAUGUAGAGCCACAUGGCACAGAAAUCCUGUUUGUAACAAGUUCCCUAAUGGCCUUGAUGAUUUUCCUCCCUGUGUAUGUGCACUGGGAGUUUGGUUUUUUUGAAGGUGCUUUGUAUAAAGUUGACAAUGACGUUUAUUACAGAUGUUGUGUAUAUGUUUGAUAUUCUUAUGCCCAUCCUAUUUUGUGACGAAGAGAGUACAUCUAGAAAAAUCCAAAUGCCAGUGGUGUGUCUAUUGGUACCGCACAGGGUCUGAUCUUUGCUUGGUAAUCUUUUGCCCUCCCUCAUGGCUCAAAGUAUGUUAGAUAUUUUCUAGCUUUGUAGCGACUUUGUAUGCAUAUGCUAUUCACUUUCAAAUAAAUGGC